AGGAGUGACUCCAUUCUACCACUAUGAGGAAAAGUGGUGUUCCUCUCCUUUUGGGUAUCAUCUUCCUGACUCUGAUUGGAGUUCAAGGAACUCCAACAAUGAGGAAUGGACGCUGUUCCUGCAUCAACACCAGCCAAGGGACGAUCCAUUCAAAAUCCUUAAAGGACCUUAAACAAUUUGCCCCAAGCCCUUCUUGUGAGAAAACUGAAAUCAUUGCUACAAUGAAGAAUGGGGAUCAAACCUGUCUAAACCCAGAUUCAACAGAUGUGAUAGAAUUGAUUAAAGAGUGGGAGAAACAGGUCAACCAAAAGAAAAAGCAAAAGAAAGGGAAAAAAUAUAAAAAAAACAAGAAAGUCCCAAAAGUUAAAAAACCUCUACAUCCUCCUCAAAAGAAGACUACAUGAGCUACCAUUUUACCAACAAAUGUUUUGUGUUAAAAAGGUUCUUUUCAACUAUACUGAAAUAAUUCCAGAAAGGGAUGGCAUC